ACAUUUCCUAGUCCCUGUUUGUCCACCUUACAUGUCUGACAGUUGACCAGAGCAACCAGGUGUCAAGCCUAGUUCUCUGUCCCCUACCCACUCCAAGGUGUGGGAGCAACGCAGCUAAGACCGAAUCGUCCGAGGCGAGCGAUGUGGAACAUUAGCUGCUACGCUUCGCGCAACUCACACGCCGUCCCACGCACGGCCCUCGCUCACUAGGCUAGGAACAGCGCACAUUUCCCUCCUUCGGGGCUCUUUAUUAUAAUUACAUUAGAGGAACCGUAGACAGAGCUUUGGUUAUUACAUUUUCCUCCAGCUCUUCCCAAAGCAGCCGUUUUCGUGCAUCGCAAAACUGCAUCUGGCAUUUACCUCCGACCAUUGUACGGCUGGGAUGGCGUCUCAAGCAGCCUCGUUAGGACUCCAUUUGCACUGCGAUCGCUCCUCCAUUCUCCACCCUCUCUCCUCGCCGUCUCCCCAACUUCUUUCGUCUAUUCGACCCUUAACUCUUUCGCGAGCCAAAACCCGUCAUUCGCGACGUUCGCACGCGCUAGUCGCAUGCUCACCGGUAACCAGCUCAGUUGCCAGGCAAACUCGCGCGCUGCUCUCGCCUACCCCGCUGCUCUCUCAGCCAACCCCUUUCAGCCUAGCAGCCGAUGCCGCGCUUGCGGUUCUCCCCUCGCGCCUCCUAAUCUCUGGGGACCAACAGUCUUUAUUACGGGGAACGGUCGGGAAACGGAACCGGCUGUGCGGUGUGCAGCGGCGGGGAGCGGUGCGCGCGCGGAGCUCGUGGCGGGAAGACGGCGCGACGGAGGGCGCGGAGGGCGCGCGGAUCAAGGUGGUGGGCGUCGGGGGAGGCGGAUCGAAUGCCGUGAACCGCAUGGUUAAGAGCGGCAUGCGCGGCGUGGAGUUCUGGAUAACCAACACGGACCGCCAGGCCAUGGCGCUGUCGCCCGUGGACGAGCCCCACCGCCUGCAGAUCGGCGGCGCGCUCACGCGGGGGCUGGGCGCGGGGGGCAAGCCCAGCAUCGGGGAGCGCGCGGCGGAGGAGAGCCGGGAGGGGCUGCAGAACGCCGUGAUGGGCGCUGAUAUGGUGUUCGUCACGGCGGGCAUGGGGGGCGGAACAGGCAGCGGGGCAGCGCCCGUGGUAGCAGAGAUUGCCCAAGCCCUCGGUAUACUCACAGUGGGCAUAGUCACGCUCCCCUUCACGUUCGAGGGGCAGCGGCGGCGCGUGCAGGCGCUAGACGCAGUGGCGGCUUUAAGACAGCACGUGGACGCGCUUAUAGUGAUUCCGAAUGACCGCCUGCUGGAAGCAGUGGACAAGAGCACGCCUAUUAACGAGGCGUUCACUCUCGCGGAUGAUGUGCUGAGGCAAGGCGUGCGCGGCAUAUCAGAUAUUAUUCAGGUCCCUGGGCUAGUGAACGUGGACUUUGCGGACGUCAGAGCAGUCAUGGCCAACGCCGGCCCAUCCCUCAUGGGCGUUGGUGUGGCGCAAGGCAAGGACCGCGCGCGCAAGGCAGCGCUGGGAGCCAUCCACUCGCCGCUGCUGGAAGUGAGCAUAGAGCGCGCCACCGGCAUCGUGUGGAACAUUACUGGACCCCCCGACAUGACGCUGCUUGAGGUGAAUGAGGCGGCGCAGGAGAUCCACCAGCUAGUGCACCCGGACGCCAACCUCAUCUUCGGUGCUGUCGUUGAUGAGUCCAUGGCGCCCAAUGUCAGCAUCACGCUCAUUGCCACCGGCCUUCAAGAGCCCGGCUCACAAGCCGAGCUCCCAGCGUCAGCCAGAGUGCUAGGGAGCCGAAUGCCCUUCCCCCCCCAGCAGCAGCAGCAAGCAGGGCAGAUGCGGCAGCAGCAGCCGUACACACCACCGCUGCCCCAACAGCAGCCGGGUCCAGCCUCCCCUCCACCCAUCCCAGACUUCCUCAGGCGACGCUCCCGAGGCCUCUAGGACUCCUCACUCUGCCCUCAGCUCGGCCUUUUCAAUUCCUCAGUACUGGGGCUCUGAGGAAGCCUUGCUCCAUGGCGCAGGGGGAGGGGACAUGCAUGUUAGUGUGCACUGUCCACAUGCUAGCUUGACCCUGCUGUGUGAUAGAUGUUCCCAUACCAGUGCAUUUUGUCAUGGUGCUUGCUCACUCCAUGCUGGAAUAAAUCCAGGUACCGUAU